AUGCAUCGCUUUUUUGCAGAGCUGGAGCCAUCUCUAUCCGUCAAUGAGCAAAACCUGGCAGACCGAGUUCGGUACAUCCUGCGCUCCAACAUAUUUGGUGACGCCGUACUCGAACGACUACGACGUGAGGCUGUUCCCUCAUCGGAUGGAAAUGCUACGGCUAGGAAUACGGCGCCACUAGUUGUGGAGCAAACUACAUAUGUGGAUGCUGCCGUCAAUAUUCAAUUUGUGGUUGAUUCAGACGAUGAUGGAAUAGUCUCCUACGAACUAGUGAAAAUGAGGAGCAUAUUGGAAGAGUCGAUGCUGGAAAUGCGCAGCAUGCCUCUCGAAAAUCGACCUCGACUUCCCCGCAUACCCCUUAGCAAGUGA